CUCCUCCUCCUCCUCGGCGUCCGGGCGGCGGGGAGACCCCCGUGCGGGCGGGUCGCCGCCCGGCGGGGGCGACGUGCCCAGAGCCCCAGGCGACCCUCGGCCCCGGGAAGCCCCGGCCUCGAGGCAUGACCCGAAAGUGCGCGGCCCCGGCCGCGGGCGCCGCGGCGCCGCUGAGCGGGUCGGUGCUGGCCGAGGCGGCCGUGGUGUUCGCCGUGGUGCUGAGCAUCCACGCCGCCGUGUGGGACCGAUACUCGUGGUGCGCCGUGGCCCUGGCGGUGCAGGCCUUCUACGUGCAGUACAAGUGGGACCGGCUGCUCCAGCAAGGCAGCGCCGUCUUCCAGUUCCGAAUGUCCGCCAACAGCGGCCUCCUGCCGGCCUCCAUGGUCAUGCCUCUGCUGGGCCUGGUGAUGAAGGAGCGCUGCCUGGCGGCGCAGAACCCCUACUUUGAGCGCUUCGGCAUCGUGGUGGCGGCCACCGGCAUGGCCGUGGCCCUCUUCUCCUCGGUGCUGGCGCUGGGCAUCACGCGGCCCAUGCCCACCAACACCUGCGUCAUCUCGGGCCUGGCGGGCGGCGUCAUCGUCUACAUCAUGAAGCACUCGCUGAGCGUGGGCGAGGUGAUCGAGGUCCUGGAGGUCCUGCUGAUAUUCGUCUAUCUCAACAUGAUCCUGCUCUACCUCCUGCCGCGCUGCUUCACGCCCGGGGAGGCGCUGCUCGUGCUGGGGGGCAUCAGCUUCGUGCUGAACCAGCUCAUCAAGCGCUCGCUCUCGGUGGCGGAGAACCAGGGCGACCCCGUGGACUUCUUCCUGCUGGUGGUGGUGGUGGGCAUGGUGCUCAUGGGCAUCUUCUUCAGCAUGCUCUUCGCCUUCAUGGACUCGGACACCUGGGCCUCGUCCAUCUUCUUCCACCUCAUGAGCUGCGUGCUGGGCCUGGGCGUGGUCCUGCCCUGGCUGCACCGGCUCAUCCGCAGAAACCCCCUGCUCUGGCUGCUGCAGUUCCUCUUCCAGACCGACACCCGCAUCUAUCUCCUCGCCUACUGGUCCCUGCUGGCCGCUCUGGCCUGCCUGGUGGUGCUGUACCAGAAUGCCAAGCGGUCGUCCUCCGAAUCCAAGAAGCACCAGGCCCCGACCAUCACCCGGAAGUACUUCCACUUCAUCGUGGUGGCCACCUACAUACCAGGCAUCAUCUUUGACCGGCCUCUGCUCUAUGUCGCCGCCACCGUGUGCCUGGCCGUCUUCAUCUUCCUGGAGUACGUGCGCUACUUCCGCAUUAAGCCCCUGGGUCACCUUUUGCGGAGUCUCCUGUCCCUCUUCCUGGACGAACGAGACAGCGGCCCGCUCAUCCUGACGCACAUCUACCUGCUCCUGGGCAUGUCUCUCCCCAUCUGGCUCAUCCCCAGACCCUGCACCCAGGACAACCUGCCCGGCGUGAGGGCCCUCGUCCCCUACGCGGGGGUCCUGGCCGUGGGCGUGGGCGACACCGUGGCCUCCAUCUUCGGCAGCACCAUGGGGGAGAUCCGCUGGCCGGGCACCAAGAAGACUUUCGAGGGGACCAUGACGUCCAUAUUCGCCCAGAUCAUCUCUGUGGUUCUGAUCUUAAUCUUUGACACUGGCGUGGACCUCAACUAUAGCUACGCUUGGAUCUUGGGAUCCAUCAGCACUGUGUCCCUUCUCGAAGCCUACACGACACAGAUAGACAAUCUCCUUUUGCCCCUCUACCUCCUGAUCCUGCUGAUGGCAUAGCAAGCCGCAAGAGAAGGAACAGGGACAUGGGCCGGAGGGGUGACUGGAGCCCCGGGGUGACAAAUCAGCUUGAGUUUUUUUUCAGUUGACUCAGAUCCAGAAUAAAAAGGAAAAA